AAAAAGAAAAACUACCAUAUUCUCAAACAUCUCUCUCAAACCACGGAGAAAAUAGAAAAAGCAGGAAAGUUUAUGAGCGAAAAGUUUGGGGCUUUUUUCUCUUUUUUAUUCUUCAGAAACACAAAGAUCGGGGGGGCAAAAAAAAAAAACCCUAAUUUUGGUUUGAUCAGAUCGUUUGAUUUUCAAUGUCAAAUGAUGAAGGCAAAAAUGUGUACCAGCAGUAUGAUCCAUUCCAAUACAACCAAUUGGAUAUUAACCGUUCGAUCUUCCAUCAACAAGCUGUGGCGUUGGAUCCUGCUUUGAUGAGCUUCACUAACUUCUUCGACACUUCGUUGGAUUACAACAGCCUGUCGAGGGCGUUCGACGUGUCGUGCUGUUCAUCUGAAGUCAUUUCUGCAGUGGACGACAUGUCGAAAAAGAAGGCUUCGACUACACCAAAUUCUUCAGUGUCGUCUUCGUCUAAUGAAGCUGUAGUUGAAGAAGAUUCAAUCAAGAGCAACAAAGAGGACACAAAAGGGUGUGAGAAUAAAGAUGAAGAAAAGUCUAAGAAACAGAACAGCAUAACAAAAAAGAAAGAGAAGCGGCAGAGGGAGCCCCGUUUUGCUUUCUUGACUAAGAGUGAGAUUGAUCACCUUGAAGAUGGAUAUAGAUGGAGAAAAUAUGGUCAGAAAGCAGUUAAAAAUAGCCCUUACCCCAGAAGCUACUAUAGAUGCACCAGCCAAAAAUGUGUAGUGAAAAAACGGGUUGAGAGAUCAUAUCAAGAUCCAUCUGUGGUGAUUACUACAUAUGAAGGGCAACACAACCACCAUUGUCCAGCUACACUCCGAGGCCAUUCUGCGGGGAUCAUGUCAUCUCCGUUCUACACAUCGGCAUCGACAUCGAUAACGGCAGCCUCGUCCAGGCCUACGCUUCCCCAAGAACUCUUCUCGCAUUUGUUACCGACAAAUAACUGCCAAACCGACCCGACCUCGAUCAUGUACCAAAAUCUAAGCCUUCAACAACACCUUCAAAUGCCUGAUCAAUAUGGUUUGUUGCAAGAUUUGUUCACUCAAAAAUAGGAUGCUUAGACCAAGUGCACUUUGUAUGAAAAUCUAUAUUGUGUAUAAUUUUUUUUCUUUUUGUUCCAGCUUUCCUGCCUCUUGUAUUAGGAUGAAACCUUGGAGAGUUGAGAUUUUCUUAGAGUCUAUAUCACUUAUAUAUACUGUUAUGUAUCUAACAUAUAAUGGAGGGGUCAGAACCUGUGUACUGAGUUUACCAUGCAUAUUUUUGCAUUGAUUUGGUGCAUUGAAUACGUAUAUUUUUGUGAGUA